GUAGCUAUGUCCCUCUUCCCGUCGUCAGAGAGAGACCAGCUGGGACCAAGCGAGAGGACGAUGAGGAAAAACUACACUAACUAGAAACCAUCGAGAUGGAUUCAAACAAGUUUCUGUGUGCUAAGAGGAUGUUUAUCCAGUGAUGGGUGUCUGACUGAAUUGUCCAACAACAAACCAGAGUCUCGGAGAGAAGACUCAUCGUCUGGUGAUGCCAUCGAUGGAGGUGAUCUCUUACCACACAGCUUUUGACGCUGAAUUUGGCACUAACGUUAUAAUAUUCACUUCAAAUAAUAAUAAUUUAUUCCAGUGAGAUAUUCAUAUUAUAUUUAAGAUAUGAUUUGGGUGUUGUUUAACAAACGUUUCUAUAAGCGUCUCUUUGUAGUUUACAUUUCAGCUAGCUAUAAAACAAAGCUAAGUUAGCUUGGUUGUUGUUCUGGACAUGUCUGAGCUAAUAUUUAGUAAUUCACUUCAUUAUCGACAGUUUAUCAGACGUGAAGUGCUCGACUACUGAAAACAGAAAACAACAUCGACGUCCUUGCUUUGUUGUGAUUUAUUGUGGGACUGUCACCUUGAUUACAUUAGCCAUCGUUGGCUAACUAUUAGGUAACUAUUAGCUAGCUAACCUCUGACUACAUUAACGUUAUUUAUGCCUGGCUAUAACAACCAUCUGGCAUUUAGUAGCUACACAGCUAAUCUCUUCUUUGCCCUGUUACUGGCUUCGUGUUGUUCACAAGAUGCAUCAACAGGACUUUUCAAUAGAUUCCUCUGGGUCUAGGAAGAUGUCUUUCCACAAUAGAAGAGGCAGUAACACCACCGGUAGUGGCGGUGCAUCUGGGUCUGCUGCAGGUAGCAGUAAUGUAAUUCCCACUGAUGAUUAUCAGUCAACUAGCCAGGCUGGGUCCUCCUCCCCUGAGCCGCACCACCACCCCCUGAGCCUUAACCUCCCCCAGUCCGGGUCUCAGGUGAAAAAAAAGAGUGGCUUCCAGAUAACUAGCGUGACCCCGGCCCAGGUCUCUGUUAGCACCAACAACAGCAUAGCGGACGACACAGAGAGUUAUGAUGACAUGGAUGAAUCCCACACAGAGGACCUGUCCUCUUCUGAAAUGCAGGAAGUGUCCGUACCUCGGGACACCGGCGUCCCUGAGAGGAGCUCCUCGGACGAGACCCUGAACAGCCCCCAUGGGGUGGAGACCCCAGGCGCAGUGUCCCCUAACGAACCCCUGAACCCUCACUCCCUACCCCAGGACCCUCCGUGCGAACCCCUGCAGCCUCAGGGCCCUCCACAGCCUGGUAACAUGGUGAAUGGGACUGUGCAUCAUCUGCAAGAGAAUGUGGUGCCAGCAGCCUUUACUGUCUCAGUGGCAGGGGGGUGUUCCUCUGAAAUGGCUGGGCCCAACCAGACCCAGAUGGGGCAGGGUAUGGUGGAGAAUACCACUGCCCAGUUCCCUGUUACCAUCACUGCUGCGCCAGGCAUGGAUGUGUCAUCCAUAGUCAGUGAUAGUGGUGCCCCUCCCUCUGCGGGCCCAAUAAUCUUUGACAGUAGUGGAGGCCGGCAAGUGACAUCCAGUGGAGUAGGGGCUCUCCCUGGAGUCACAGGGCCCACCGAUAGCACUCAGAUUGGGAUGUCAGUAGCAGUGGCACAGCCUGUGACCUCCAGCACCCAGACACAACAGACUCAGACCCAAGCCACUCCGGGGUCUCGCUUCAGAGUGGUGAAGCUGGACUCUAACUCAGAGCCGUUCCGCAAGGGAAGAUGGAUGUGUACAGAGUACUAUGAGAAGGAGGUUCUCCCUGCCGCGCCCACUUCUGACCCAGCCCCUGCACCCAGCGCUGGCGGCCCAGAGAGCCAAGCAGGGAAUGGAAGUGUGGUGGCCGGUGUUGUCCAAUACGGAGGCAUAGAGAUGGGAGCAGUGGCACCCCAGACCUCGCAGACAUACCAGCACCAGGACUACACCAGUCCUGAGACUGUCCAAAAUUCUCUGCAAGCCCACAUGGUCCCUCAGGACCCUAACCCUCUCCUGUUGCAGCAGACCAGCAUGGUCCCCCAUGGUACUCUACCAGCAGCCCCCCAGGUGAAUGCCCAGGGCGCUCGGAGUCAGGCCAUGUCCCAGCAGAUGCCCUAUGAUAUGGAGCAUGCCCAGACAGGCUACCCCACGCCCCAGUUCCCAGCGGGGCUAGUGUGCCAGACAGGCAGCCGGCCUCCAGACUUCAUCCAGCCUACGGCUCCUCUCCAGUCCCAGGUCCUCCCCCCACACCCUGGCUCUCUUGGGGUGUCCAUGCCUGGCCCGGCCGCUGUCCCUCAACCCCUUCAGAGUCAGCUCCAGAACCUCCCAGCUCAGCAGCUGCACCCUCACCCCCAGCACCCCUCCGCCCCUUUCGUGACCACACUCCGUGCCGACCUCCAGCCCCUCCUGACUCACGGGGUUCCCCUCAGCCACACCAGCCUGGCCCAAAGCGGGGCUCUGUACGGGGGAAGCAUCCCCACCCUAACGGCAUCCCAGCUGGAGGAUGCCCAGAGGCUGCUGUUCCAACACCAGUCCCUGCUGACGCUGCCCCGGCUGGGGGCUGCAGGAGGGGGCCGCUCCAUGGAGAGCAUGGGGAUGGCUGGAGAUGCCAGUGCCUUAGUGGCCGCUGCUGCAAGCCUGAGGACACAGUCUGCAGAUGGAGAGGAGGACAGCUCUUCUGGUGCCAGUUUGGUGGCCAUCGACAAUAAAAUCGAACAAGCAAUGGACCUGGUAAAGAGCCACCUGAUGUAUGCUGUGAGAGAGGAGGUAGAUGUGUUGAAGGAACAGAUUAAGGAGCUGGUAGAGAGGAACUCCCAGUUGGAGCAGGAGAACAGCCUCCUGAAAACCCUGGCCAGCCCAGAGCAGAUGGCUCAGUUCCAGGCUCAGGUCCAGCCCAGCUCUGGCUCCCCGACAGCGACAGGCUCCUCUAACCCCCAGCCGUCCUCACAGAGCUCUGGGACCUCUACAUAGCCCCCUUCCUCGGAAAGACGUACGCAGGAGGGAGGAGAACCUUUACUCUACUGCGAACUGACCUCAUGCAAUGCAACAAGAACCACUAUGGCUCAAUCAAGGAGAGACUGCUACAAAAAUAAAAAACAUGUUUUGCACAUUUAUUUAACUGACCAAAGACAAUGAUGGACACUUGUGUGUCAGGUGUUCUCUUCGCUUGGAAUGCUUCAGACGAUCACAAUGGAGACCAGGGAGGUGAAUGGAACAGAUGGACAGUUGUCAUGGAGAUGAAACAGACAACAACCCACAACUGGUACACUGUCUUCAGAUCUAUACAGUGACUAUUGAAUUGUGCCGUUGCUGCCAUUUCUUUAAAUGUUCAUUUUGUUGGAUUAUUACCUAGCUGUGAAUUGAAUCAAAGAACAAGAAAUGAGGUGCAUUAUCUGUAGGGAUCAUUAAAGAAAGAGAAAACAAGGCCCCAUCUGGUAUGGGGCGUAGGGUGGAACAUACAGUGCAUUUGGAAAUAAAUUCAGACCACUUUAGUUUUUCCAAAUUUUGUUGCAUUACAGUCCAUUCAAAAAUUGAUGAAAUCGUUUUUUUUUUUUCUUCCACAUCAAUCUACACACAUUAGUAAUGACUAAAGAAAAACAGUUUUGGAGUAAUUUUGCGAAAUGUAUUAAAUAUAAAAAACUAAAAUAUCACAUUUACAUAAGUAUUCAGACCCUUUACUCAGUACUUUGUUGAAGCACCUCUGCCAGCGAUUACAGCCUUGAGUCUUCUUGGGUAUGAUGCUACAAGCUUGGUACACCUGUAUUUGUGGAGUUUCUCCUAUUCUUUGCAGAUCCUCUCAAGCUCUGUCAGGUUGGAUGGGGAGCGUCGCUGCACAACUAUUUUCAGGUCUCUCCAGAGAUGUUCGAUCGGGUUCAAGUCCGGGCUCUGGCUGGACCACUCAAGGACAUUGAGAGACUUCCUGAAGCCACUCCUGCAUUGUCUUGGCUGUGUGCUUAGGGUCGUUGUCCUGUUGAAAGGUGAACCUUCACCCCAGUCUGAGGUUCUGAGUGAUCUGGAGCAGGUUUUCAUCAAGGAUCUCAUUGUACGUUGCUCCGUUCAUCUUUCCUUGAUCCUGACUAGUCUCCCAGUCCCUGCUGCUGAAAAACAUCCCCACAUCAUGAUGCUGCCACCACCAUGCUUCACCGUAGGGAUGGUGCCAGGCUUCCUCCAGACAUGAUGGUUGGCAUUCAGACCAAAUAGUUCAAUCUUGGUUUUAUCAGACCAUAGAAUCUUGUUUCUCAUGGUCUGAGAGUCUUUAGGUGCCUUUUGGCAAACUCCAAGUGGGCUGUCAUGUGCCUUUUACUGAGGAGUGGCUUCCAUCUGGCCACUCUACCAGAAAGGCCUGAUUGGUGGAGGGCUGCAGAGAUGGUUGUCCUUCUGGAAGGUUCUCCCAUCUCCACAGAGGAGCUCUGUCAGUGUGACCAUCGGGUUCUUGGUCACCUCCCUGACCAAGGCACUUCUCCCCCAAUUGCUCAGUUUGGCCGGGCGGCCAGCUCUAGGAAGAGUGUUGGUGGUUCCAAACUUCUUCCAUUUAAGAAUGAUUGAGGCCUCUGUGUUCUUGGGGACCUUCAAUGCUGCAGAAAUGUUUUGGUACUCUUCCCCAGAUCUGUGCCUCGACACGAUCCUAUCUCGGAGCUCUAUGGACAAUUCCUUUGACCUCAUGGCUUGGUUUUUGCUCUGACAUGCACUGUCAACUGUGGGCUGUUAUAUAGACAGGUGUGUGCCUUUCCAAAUCAUGUCCAAUCAAUUGAAUUUACCACAGAUGGACUCCAAUCAAGUUGUGGAAACUUCUCAAGGAUGAUCAAUGGAAACAGAAUGCACCUGAGCACAAUUUCGUGUCUCAUAGCAAAGGGUCUGAAUACUGAUGUAAAUAAGCUAUUUCUGUUUUUGUUUUAUACAUUUGCUAAAAUUUCAAAAACCUGUUUUCACGUUGUUAUUAUGGGGUAUUGUGUGUAGCUUGAGGAUUUUUGAAUUCUAUUUAAUCCAUUUUAGGUAACAACAAAAUGUGAAAAUAUUUGAGUGGUCUGAAUACUUUCAGAAUGCACUGCAAUAGAAGAAACACUUCUCACAGCGGUCUAUUCCAUAUGAGGGGUGAUGUGGUGUAACAGAACUUUAGAAGAAGCAGUGAUCGCCUUUUGGAACUCGUUGUUGCUCACAAUGUCACCCUCUCUCCUCUCCUCCCUCAGACGUAAUGAUGGAGAUGUUGCCCCUCCUCUUUUCCUCCUCUCCUCUCUUCUCCUCCCUCAGACGUAAUGAUGGAGAUGUUGCCCCUCCUCUCUUUCCCUCCUCUCUUCUCCUCUAUCAGACGUAAUGAUGGAGAUGUUGCCCCUCCUCUUUUCCUCCUCUCCUCUCUUCUCCUCCCUCAGACGUAAUGAUGGAGAUGUUGCCCCUCCUCUCUUUUCCUCCUCUCCUCCCUUCUCCUCCCUUCUCCUCUAUCAGACGUAAUGAUGGAGAUGUUGCCCCUCCUCUCUUUCCCUCCUCUCUUCUCCUCUAUCAGACGUAAUGAUGGAGAUGUUGCCCCUCCUCUCUUUCCCUCCUCUCUUCUCCUCUAUCAGACGUAAUGAUGGAGAUGUUGCCCCUCCUCUCUUUCCCUCCUCCCUUCUCCUCUAUCAGACGUAAUGAUGGAGAUGUUGUUGCCCCUCUCUCCUCCCUUCCCCUCCCUCAGAUGUAAUGAUGGAGAUGUUGCCCCUCCUCUCUUCUCCUCUCUCCUCUCUUCCUCUCUCCUCCUCCCUCAGACGUAAUGAUGGAGGAGAUGUUGCCCCUCUCUCCUCUCUUCUCCUCUCCCCUCUCUUCCUCUCCCCUCUCUUCUCCUCCCUCAGACGUAAUGAUGGAGGAGAUGUUGCCCCUCCUCUCUCCUCCUCUCUUCUCCCUCAGACGUAAGGAUGGAGGAGAUGUUGCCCCUCCUCUCUCCUCCUCUCUUCCUCUCUCCUCUCUUCUCCUCCCUCAGACAUAAGGAUGGAGGGAAUGGAAAUGCUUUGGGAAAGGGGGCUGAUGAGAGUUUCAGUGUUUUUGGGAUAGGGCUGUUUCUAGGUUUGUUCCAGAUACCAAUUCAACCUAUGUUCAGCAAACAGCCUGUUUUCCUCAGGCUGGACUGUGAUGUUACUGCUCAGAGCGGGAAGAGAAUAGCCACUCCAGACUCUAUACAGACUGUGUCUAACCCUCACACUGACAGCCCCUUGUACUGCACUGUAUAUGAUUUUCCUGUGCAGAAGAUGUUCACUUGCUCAAAUCAUUUAAACUAUUGGACAAUUUGAAUAAAUAAAUAUAUAUAUAUUAUAAGGAAAUAAAAGCUAGUUUAAUAGAAAUGUGCUCUGUACAUUGACCCGGGAUAUAAGGAAAUAAAAGCUAGUUUUUUAAGGGUAAUGUGUAGAAGUACCAGUCAAGUUUGGACCCACCUACUCAGUCCAUGGUUUUUAUUUGUACUAUUUGUCACAACACAACUGAUUGGCUAAAAUGCAUUAAGAAGGAAAGAAAUAUCACAAAAGUGCUCAGCAUAUGUAGAAAAUAUGUAGAAAAUAGUAAAAAUAAAGAAAAAUCCUUGAAUGAGUAGGUGUGUUCACACUGUAGACUGGUGCUGUAUGUCAGAAAGGCCUGAUUGGUGGAGUGCUGCAGAGAUGGUUGUCUGUUUUACUCUACUCCUCUCAUCCUUGAAUGAGUAGGUGUGUUCACACUGUAGACUGGUACUGUAUGUCAGGACAAUGUUUCUCAUCCCACAACAAAUGUGACGUUACAAUUGCACUAAACAGUUGCACUUCGACUUAAAUAAAAUGGAAAAACUAAAUUGAAA